CUCAUUUCUUUCUUACUGCUGGCUGUGCUGAAGUAGUGCCUGCCUGGGUCUGGAAACUUAUGUCCUCCAUCAUAUUAAUGGGAUAAUAAUGUGAUUGAUUGGUCAUCCCCCGGGGGAAAUGGUCUUUUCUGCUUCCUGAGAGUGCACGACUCAUCAGAGAACUUACAGCUGACUUGAAGUGGAUUCGUGCCCAAGAGCCCCUCAGCAGGGUGAAUACUCGGGCACAUCAGGCGGCUUCCAGCCCGGGUUGGACCGCUCGGAAGAUUGUUUGCGUGCCGCUGCUCUGUUGCCAUCGGCUUUAUCGGUGGGGACUAAAGAGGAGGAGGAGGAAGGGGAGAGCAGAGGAAGAGGGGGAUUUGGGUGCUUCAGGACGGCUGAGUCUCGUUGCGAUGCAUGGAGGCUGCUUGGAAAUGCUCCCCGGGUCUCCGGAGCGCAUGAGGCGGUUCCAGCCGAGCGACGGUCCGCAGCAGCACCGUGGGCUUCCUGCGGCUCAACUGCAGCUCUGCCAGGCUGUCACGCUGUAGGUUCGGCUACAGGAGGAGCACGGCUCAGUUCGGAAACCACGGAGCGGAGGUAUUUUCGCCGACAGCGCUGAAAUCAAGGAGCCUGAAGGCUGCAUCGCAUCCCUGCGUCGCAGUGGUGGUGGAUACUGUGUGAGCGUGUCGGGCGGCAUCUAUGCAAUUUAUUUUCGACUUUUCAUUUUAUUAUGAGCACAGAGGAGGGAGAGGCGGGUCCCGCGUGUGGGGAGGCGAGUGGAGGUGCCACCAUACCUCACCGCCACACCUGGGAGGAAAGCGAACCUCACGGCUCCCAAGGACGUCCGCACCCCGACGAUGAGGACGAAGCCCGGGGAGGAGAGGAGGGAGAGGGGGCAGAGGGCUGCCGGGAGGGAAGGAGCUGCAGGGACGCGUGUGGGGGUGACACAGAGAAAUUCACUGUGGAGAACAACGAGGGGAAUUUUUCCAGUGAGGACGGGGCUGUCGGGGGGAGAUCUUGCAAGGCUCAGACAAUGCAUUCAAACUGCAGCAGCGAAACCUGCAUCCCCACUCCCAGCUGCAGGAUCUGCUUCCAAGGCGCAGAGCAGGGGGACUUGUUGAACCCGUGCAGGUGUGAUGGCUCGGUGCGGUAUACCCACCAGCAGUGCCUGCUGAAGUGGAUCAGCGAGCGGGGCUGCUGGACCUGCGAGCUGUGCUGCUACCGUUUCCAGGUGAUCGCCAUCAAUCUGAAGAGACCAUGGCAGUGGCAGUCCAUCACCAUUACCCUGGUGGAGAAGGUGCAGAUCAUUGCGGUGUUCCUGGGCUCUCUCUUCCUUGUAGCCAGCAUCUCCUGGCUGCUCUGGUCGGCGCUCAGCCCUCAGGCCAUCUGGCAGCGUCGUGACGUCCUCUUCCAGAUCUGCUAUGGCAUGUAUGGCUUCAUGGACCUGGUCUGUGUAGGCUUGAUCAUCCACGAGGGGGCAGCAGUGUACAACGUGUUUAUGCGCUGGCGAGCAGUCAACCUUCACUGGGAUGUUCAGAGCUAUGACAAGGCCAAGGACAUGGAGGAGACGAGCACUGGUCACUCUUCGUUGGCCCCCAGGACACUUUGGUUGCCUUUGGCCACCUUUGGGCCCAGCGGCCCCUUACACCCGACCCAGCUGGGAUCACAUCCAUGGACUUGCCUGUGUUUGGCACCCUUUUGCCACAGAAUGGUACCCCGAAACAACCUCAGCCAGGACAGUGACUCGGGAGAGGUUGUCAUUCGUGUAACAUCGGUAUAAACUCCAAGCAGUAUUUGUACAGAGACAAGGCAUCUGAUGGGUUACAUCUGGGAGUUACAGUCUGAGCUGUGCUGCAAAGUUGUUUUUUUGCAGAUUUUUUCCGUGACUUAAUACUUUUAAUUAUUUGAACUGUUUGUGCUGUCUGGGGCUGGUCCUCAAACCAAUCUAAUACCUUCAGUAACUCACAUUUUUGUGUUGGUGCCUUUGUUUUUACUCUGAGAUAUAACACUGUUUAUUUUGUGACAGAGACAUGAGCCACCCUCAUAUAAAUCUUUUUUUUUUUUUUUUUUUGUAGUUUUCCUUUUAAACCAUUGUGCGGCACUCAUGUCAUGUGGAAUUGAAGGAAGUGAUGGGAUUAUCCAGAUUACAACUCUAAGGCACAACAUCAGAGAUGGUUUAGGAUCACAGGGUUGCCUGUUCAAGGUUGAGGAAUACUGUAUACAGCCAAUAUCCCCUCUCUCUCUCUCUCUCUCUCUCUCUCUCUCUCUCGCUCUCACUCAUAUAUCUCUGCUCUAAUAUGGCAUAUAGACAGUAUGGUGUCAUAGUCUCAAGCCACCCUUAAUUUCUUUAGGUUUUGUUAGGAAAAUGUGAAAAAAGUAUAGCGAUUUAUUAAAAUAAGUGCAAACAUAGAUGGAAAUACAGGAAAUAAGGCAAAAAAAAACAUAUUUUCUACAAUUCUAACAAGCUUGAAAGUCAAUAAUUGGUUUGACAUUUCUUUUUCAACACAGCCGGAACUUUCUUAGACAAGCUUACUUACUUCUUGUAAUUUCUUUAAGUAGCAUUCAGAGACUUCUGGAAAAGCCAUUCAAAGUUCUUCUUUGGAUGUUGGCUGUUUUUUUGUUCCAUUUACUCUGAUGAGUCAACAUUGCUUCAAUAAUGAUAAAGUCAAGGCUCUGGGGAGGCCAGUCCAUGACUGAUAGUGUUGGCAGUGUGUCUGAAAAUUAUCAGAAGCUUUGCGGAUAGCAUUCAUGGUAAAUUAAAAUCUGAUGGUAGACUUCUACAUUCAAAAUUUAAUACAUUUAGAAAACAUCCCCAAGAACACUGGCUGAAAUGCAGCCCCAAAUAAUGACAGAGCCUCCACCAUGAUUUCCAGAUGGCUAUAGACGCCCUUGUAAAUACUGAAUGAUUUGAAACAAACAUUUUACAUUUAAAACUCAAUAAGAACUGGUGCCACUGAUUUUCAGUCCAGUUCUUGUGCAAUUUUCAUUCCUCAGCCGUUUCUCCCUGUAUUUGGCUUUCAGAUACUGUUCGUCUGCUGUAUAUAGAUUUUUUUCUGCAACUUAUUCUUUUGUCCUCCAUUUUUCUCAGUUUUGCUGAGAUAAAAUUUGAAAAAUUUGCUGAGAUAGACCAAAUUAUCAACUAAUAGCUCUUUGGGAAUCACCUCAUUAGUGCAAAAUGUACUAUUACUAUAAUAGUAUCUGUACUAAUACUAUUUUUUUCUGUGGUGUCUAUGUCAUUAUUUAUCAACAAAUCAACAACAAAUGAUGUGUUUUUGGGAGAAGUUCCUAGUUGCAAAGUGUCUAAAGAUACAAUUUAAAAUUGUAUCUUAGAUGCCUUUUUAAUGCUCUAAUCAUUCAUAGGUCAGUGUAAAAUGGCUCAACAACAACAACAACAACAUUCCUCUGAAAAUUUUCUGGUACAAGAACUGGAGUGAAAAUGGUGAAUAAGCAGUCAAUGUUCAAAGAAAAACUUUGAAAGACCUUACAAAGACCCUGCAAGUAUAAGGAAGUCUGGUUCUUUGGCAGCAAAAUAUGAAGAAAAAUAUGAAGAAGAUGAGAUGAUGACCCAGAUUAAACUGGGAGAGUAAUUUUCUUAGUUGGCUUACAGUUUGUAAUUGGUACAAAAUUAACACUAAAACCUGAGGAUGCAGUAGUCAUUAAACAUCCAGAGGGAUGGAAGGGGAAAAGAGAUGAUUCUAUUUCUAGUGUGGAAAUGUUUGUCAGUCUUACAUGUAUACUGCCAGGCUUUCAUAAGACUGAAGACAAAGUGAAUUUUAUGAACUUCUUUCAAGAAGCAAGUCUUCCAAUAUGGGAGCCAUAUAGGCAUCAACCUUUCUUUAUUUCUUCUUCUUCUUCUUCUUCUUCUUGGGUCGGCUAUUUUUGGACACACUGUCAGCUGCUGAAAAUCAGUGUUACAAUGUACUGUUAUUACGAAAACAUGCUACUAUUGGCACAUAAACUGAAUUAAAAUUAGCAUUCAUGCAUGCUAAUGUUCAGUGUAUCAAGAAGCAUUUAAAAGUGCUGUGUUGUUAAUGCAUCAUUGCAGGACUGCUAACACAAAGGUGUUCUAGGUUCAGAGCUGUAGUUGGGAAGUUUGUAUAGCUUUUAAUUUCAAGCAGGGUCUUUGAGCUUUGUAACUGUACAACCAGAUGUCCUGCUUUAUGUUUUAUGCCGAUAAAAGGAUUUGACAGACAGGGAUGCAGGAGUUAUGACACAUUUCAUAUGAGCACAAAAACCUGAUGUCAAAAUGAUAUUGAAGUGUUUAUUUAAAAAAAUGAUCCAGCUAAUAUUUAAUGCUGGUCAAGGAUGUGAUUCUUGCUUUGGGAAUAAGAGGUCCAAAUCCUGGAUGAGCCCCCAUUAUGUUACACUCAGUCCUAGAAGAAUCAUGGGUGUAGCAUAAAAAGUGAAAAGAAGCAUUUUUCCCCAGUCUAAAGGACUGAAGAGUGCCACGGCAGAAUUGCACUCCAGAAAGAAGAUAUUUAUUUAUCUAUUAAUGUAGACAAUAUCAGGGUGUGCACGAGGCCAAAGAAAAAGAAAAAUGCUUCCCACACCUAUGCUUCCUGGAGGGAAUGUCUAAGAUAAUUUUUAGACAUAAAUAACUAGAUCUCUAUCCACUCUAGAAAUGGUUUUCUAUGCUUAUCAAUUCUUAGGAGGAAGGAGGAGAGAGGCCAGCCUAAUAGGUCUCUAAUUUAAAGGAGCCGCCAUCAGUCUCCCAUCCAAUCACCAGGUGCCACAUAGAACUCAACAUAAUGGGUAAGCAGAAAUGGUUGGACCCAGGGAUGAAGGGGCAGACACCCAAUGUACAUAAACACAAUUUAAAUUAUGACAUGGGGCCAUAACGUGAUUUCCCCCCUCUGCUCCCCCUUUUUUAAGUUCAUUGUCAUUCAUAACAUUUCCAGUGCUGGUAUAAGCUGGCAAAGUGACAUCUGUUCAGCAUGGCAGUGUUUGCCUCAAAGGACUGAUCCUCAGAUGGUUUGUGCCAGUAUAAAUAUAGCUAUUGGAAAUUGUGUUUUUCCCUGUCUGUAAACCAUUCUUUUGAGCUUCCAUGAGCCCUGUGAUGUUUGGGCCAUGGGCUAAUCUGUUCUUGACCUACGAGUCAUUUAAUUUUUUUGGUGCCUUAGGAGGCUGGGUGUCGACGUUGCAAUGCGCAUCACAGAAAUGACUUGAAUGUGACUUUUGCUGUUGGUUGUAUUUCUAUUUGUUUUGACUGUAACAUGGAUGUAAUGUAUA